AUGGGGGUGCUGCGGUUGUGGCCGCUGUGGCUGCAGGGCUUGGCGCUGGUGUGUGGCCGCGCCGGUAUGGGCCUGGCGCACCCCACCACCACGGCUCCACCAGCACCGGUGCAGGUGUGUUCAGAGUUUUCCCAGAGGUCCUGUGAAGAAUGUCUAAAAAAUGUUUCGUGCCUUUGGUGUUACACCAACAACACUUGUAUUGAUUACCCUGUAAGAAGCAUUCUUCCACCGUCUUCAUUAUGUUCACUCUCAAAUGCUCGAUGGGGAGUUUGCUGGAUAAACUUUGAGGCUUUAAUUAUUGCCAUAGCUGUAGUAGCUGGACUCAUUCUGGUGUCCAUAGCAGUCUGUUGCUGUUACUGCUGUUACUGCAGAAGGCGUUCCAGGAGUAGACCAGAUGAAGAAGAAGAACGGCUAGCUAGAAAGAGAGAGGAACGAAGACUACAGUCUCUUCAGAGGAAACAAGAAAGAAAACUGAAGCAUGAUGAAAUACGUAAGAAGUAUGGUCUUCUCCAGGAUUCUGAUAAUCCAUACAGCAGAUUUGAGAAUGAAUAAAGCUGAGCACCUUCCACUAGAGCUGAAACUCCAGAAUACAGGAAGAUAGUUUCUUUUCAUUUGCCUUCUGGGUUCUUUUUUUCCCCAAAAGGUUUUUUUUCCUAGUUGUAAAACUAGGAGUGGAUUAAAGACUUCAUGAAAUACAUGUUUCUAUCUUCUACCUAUAUGGAACUACUUUUUUAUAAAUGCUUUUGGUUGUUGAAAUGUUUGAUUUAAUUUUUUUUAUGGUGACAUUUAAGUGUGAAACAGUAUCUUCCUUCCUCUUAAAACUGUAUUUUAUUACUUGAUGUAGGUGGGUAAUAGUCACAAUCAUGUGUUUGAAUUCAGUCUUAACUCCCACUUAAACCGUUGUUUCCAUGUUCCUAAAUAAAGAUUUUUCCCUAUUAAUCUUUUUUAAUAAAAAUAGAAGGCAACAUGGCAGUACAGCUUCACCUAGCAGAAAUAGCUGAUGAGAAAAUACUUACAUAUUUACACUUUGAGAAUUGGGUGGAGUUUUUUCCUCUGGAAGAAGAUCUUCAAGAGGGUAAUGUCUAAGGGUUAAUAUGUACUUUAGAUAUAUCACUGAUGUGAAAAAGAAGUUAUUUCAGUUAGCAAAACUGGAAGAAGGUCAUUCUUGAAAUAAACAUAGUUAUGUGUGCCUAAAUUUAAGAAGAAACAUUGGCCUGUGAAGACUUUCUUCUGUAAGAUUAAUCUAUAAUUACAAAAAAAACCUGAAAAAAGUUGCUUAGACUCUGCAGUUUGACCCUGGUCAGCAGCCAAGCACCACCUAGCUGCUUCUUCCCUCCCUACAGUGGGAUGAGGGAGAGAAUGGGAACAGCAAAAGCAAGAAAACUCUUGCAUUGAGAUAAAGACAGUUUAAGUGAAGAAAAGGAAGAUGGGGGAACAAGUCAUGCAAAGCCAAUCACCACCUUGCAGAACUAGAUCUCUGCCCAUCCUCCCCUCAGUUUUUGUUGCUGAGCAUGAUGUACAGCCUGGAAUAUCCCUUUGGUCAGUUCUGGCCAGCUGUCCCAGCUGUGUCCCCUCCCAGCUUCUUGCCCACUCUGGCCUACUUGCAAGAGUGGGGAGAAAGGAAACCUUGAUGCUGUGCAAGCAACAGCAAAAGCCAAAGCACUGGUCUGUUACCAGCACUUUUCUAGCCCCAAAGCAAAGCACCAUAUAGACUGCUAUGAAGAGAGUAACCUCCAUCCCAGCCAGACCCAGUACAGCAAGAAAGCAGUAUUUUUUUAUUCUUUUAUUGUUCUUUUGAUAUUUCCAUAAUGUGAUUUAUUUCCUCUCUCUUCUCAUAGAGGUGUUUCAUUGAGCAUUUUUACUAGCUUAUCAAUAUGAUGCAACAAGCAAAGAGCUCUUCUUCCCCCCCGGUCUAAUGCAAGUUCCCAUUUAUUCUGUACACUUUAAAUAACCUCCCUUGCUGUAUAUUAUCCAUUAAACAAAUAUACCAUAUUGAAGAUGUUUAUGUUUUUAUCAAGGUUCCUAAAAUAAAUACUUUAACAUCUUU